UGAUGGAAAUGCUUCUCGACCUGAUCCGCCAGAGAAUGUUUGCCCACCAGGACAUUAUUGUCCUGCAGGAUCAAAGGUUGCCUCACCCUGUCCGCCAGGAACCUUUGCUGGUACAGCUGGUAACCCAGAUGUCUCUCACUGUCAUUUAUGUACUCCUGGAUUUUACUGUCCUGGAUUUGCAAAUAUUAAUGCGAGCAAAGAGUGUCAGGCUGGGUAUUACUGUCCCAGUGGCCAAUCAGAACCAGCUUCAGCAGGGUUCAUUUGUCCAAUUGAUCACCACUGUCCCUCUGGCAGUUCAAAUCCAAAACCAUGUCCUCCCGGGCAGUAUCAGGAUCAGACUGGACAAAUACAUUGCAAGCCAUGCCCAUUUGGAAAGCAUUGUGGUCCACUGCAUCUGCCUGGACAAUACAAUGAAAAUCAGCCAGGCACAGUCCAGCCCAUUGACUGUCCAGCUGGCUAUUACUGCAUUCAAGGAAUCCAGACUGAGUAGUUACUCCGGUCUCUGUGACCCAGGUUGUGUUUGCUUGCUGCAGUCCACCACCCCCUGCCCCUCAGAUAACAUCACCGGUUACCUGUGUCCACCUGGGCACUACUGCCCCCAAGGUUCUGGCUAUGGAAUAAGAUGCCCAGCUGGAACGUUUGGCCCUCAGGGCGGUCUGUCAUCUGUUACAGAAUGCAGUCCGUGUACACCAGGACUCUACUGUGAUGUGGAAGGACUUGCUUCUCCAUCUGGACCUUGCUUCCCAGGACAUUACUGUGUGCUUGGUGCCAGGACAGGGAAUCCUUUUGGGGAUCAAACAGGAGAUAAGUGUCCACCAGGUUACUUCUGCCCUUCUGGGACCGACAGCCCUAAACCAUGUCCCCCAGGAACAUACCAACCUUUGCUGGGUAUGGUCUCCAGAAGUGAAUGUCUGCCUUGUACAGGAGGAAAGUACUGUGAAGGUCAAGGACAGAGUAAUGUUUCUGGAGAUUGUUCUGCUGGAUUUUACUGCAUCUCUGGUUCAAGUAGUGCCUUCCCUCUGGAUGGUACCACAGGUGCUCCCUGCCCUCUGGGCCAUUAUUGCCCAGCAUCUUCUAGCCAUCCACUGGCUUGCAGAAAUGGCAAGUAA